GCCGAAGCCGAGAGAGGGACGAAGAAGAAGUGGCAUUGCCUUUCAAAUAAUCACAGUCGCCCGCCCACUGUCCGAUGCUGUUUGCAUCGAAAAUAUUGUCGAAUGCAUGAAAAAGAUCAUCUCUGCUGUCGUGAAAGCGCUUUUUGAGUAAGGAUCUGACCUCCAGAUAGACAAGAGUGGCACUGAACCGCCUGAAGUUGUGAGCGAGAAGCUGCAACGUGAUGGAGGUUGAUAAAGAUCGAUCUGGGAGCCCUCUGCCCAACGGCAGCCAUCAAACCAAACGUGGACGAGGCCGGCCACGGGGAUCACUCAACAGGAAGUUCACCACCGAGAAAGCCUCCUCACACAAUGCCAGGCCAUCCAAAAAGGUAGACUUCUUUUGUCCUGACAUUGUCAUAAAGGCCAAGGUGAAGAAACGCGGUCGACCAAAGAAGCUGAGGACACCCGGCAGACCUAGAAAGAUCCCGCUAACACCCGAGGAAGAGUCAGAGAGACUUCAGAGGUUGAGUGUGCAGCGCAAGCGGAAACUGUCCAAGCCCCUUGGAAGACCUCGCAUUCAUCCCAUCAGAGAAGGGUCUAAGGUAAAGAGGGGGAGAGGAAGACCUCCCAAGUCAGGUGGGAAAUCUCAAAGCAGUGGAGCCAAACAAGCCAGCAGCCUUGAUGUCGCUAACGGACCUCCGCGAAAAAGAGGCAGACCAUCCGGUGCCUUGAAGAAAAAGAGGGGUCGGCCUGCAGGUUCCACUAAGAUUGCCAGAGCCACCGAUGGCUCCGCAAAAAAGAGAGGUCGCCCUCCAGGUUCUCUAAACAAAGUGAAGAAGCUUCAGCAAACUGAUGGAUCGCCCCGAAAAAGAGGCCGUCCCCCAGGCACAGGGGCUGGUCCCAAACCCAAGAUUGUUCGACAGAACCCUGAUGGGACUCCUCGCAAGAGAGGACGACCUCCUGGUACAGGCAGAAAGAUCAAGGUUGUUGUGGUGAAGAAAGUCGUAGAGGGAGGCCGCAAGAGGGGCCGUCCGCCAAGUACCGGAAAAGUCCAGGCGAAAAAAGCAGCGAGCGCCGAUGGAGCUCCUCGUCGUAAGAGAGGACGUCCAAGCAAAGUCAGACAGGAGGGGAUGCUAGACAAAACGGCCUCAGGGGAAGACGACGAUGACACCGAUGCUCCCUCUCCCAAACAGUCCCGCACCUCCGACGACUCGUCACAGAAUCCAAACGAUGAUGAUGACACCAGGGGGAGCGAUAAUGACGCCGACCCAGAGGAUGAAGAUGAUGACGACGACGAUGACGACUCUGCCAUUGAUUGUUCAAAAGUCAACAACACAAGUGAGAACGAGAUGGUGAGCAAGUUCAAAAAAAAGAAAUGAAAAGAUGAGGGGCUUCGUUGAAAAUUGGUGGGUAUAUUUUUCGAAGGGUUUUAAUAGGCUAUGUCAAUAAUUCUUUUUUUUUUUAUCUGAAAAGUGUGCUUUUGGUGUUGCCUGCCAUGCCAGACUGUAUUCCCCCUCCACACUUUUUACUUUGAAGCUCAUUAAUACCUGAAAUGUUUGCUCACGAUCUAAUUGAGCACAGUCGAUUUCCUUUGUUUUUUUUGCAUGGGGAAAUUUGUCUGUAUAAUUUGAAGCAUGCAAAAUCGAAGGACAUGUAGCAGCCUGUAAACAUCAUGGGAUCCGAAUAACGUGGAUGCACAAUUAACAGUUCCAUUGAAAACGUUAUCAUACGAAGCACACCUUUAUUUGCUACCAACGGUUCGUGCCAAUAAUUUGAAAGCAACUACCAAACCAGACUGUUUCAGACGUAGUAGUGUCAUACCUGUGCAGUAGUUUUGUGUGCGCGGGAUCUUAAAAUACUCAAUUUUUAAAUUUGUUAAAUUGCCCUGACGGUUUUAGUCGAUGUUGAUGUGGUUGCGGAAUUCGAGGAUGACGGUUAAGUGCGUCUUUGCUGUAGUUUGUGUUUCUUUUAUCAUCAUCCUUCAACUGUAAAUCGAUCCCGCUGGAAUCAGUGUUUUAUAGUGAAACAGUCUUAUUUUAUGCUUCAUCAAAUGUUCGUCUGAUAGUUUGUAGAUGUUCGGUGCUUAGUUUACGCAAACCCCUCAUUCUUGUGAUUGCUUAGUUUUUAAUGCCGUUUGUUUUGCGAAAUGUGAAUACAUUCAUAUUCUGCUUUGACAAAAUGGCUCCUGGUUUUAAUUUUCAUAUCAUUAAUGCCUUUUUAUAUACGUUUGCUCUGCCUUUUUGAACUUCCCUCAUAUAACCAAUUGUUUUUCUUCGUUUUCAUGCUUAGUUUGUGUAAACCGUAUAGACGUCUCUUGCUAUGAACAGUAGAUCUUGCCUUGAUUAAUUCAUGUAUGAUUUUAGUUUAAUCGGUAUGUACCAGUAGAUGCUGAAAACAGAUUGUUUUAGCUGAGAUCUCGCAUCUAGAAAUGUUCUUUCAUGUAUAAAAAAAAAAAAAAUAAAACGUUACCGUUCAGACAUGGUUCAAUAGACAUUGAGUGCAUUUCAUGUACACGCUUUCUAAAUUAGGUUACUCAUCUGUGCUGUAGUACGAAUACAUUUCUGUAUCACCGCUUUGUAUGAUUCAUUUCACUUUGUGAUUUGGAGAAGCAUUGUUGCUGAUUAAUAACCAAUUAAACCAUAUUCACCAAG